UGCUGCUGGGCAGCCUGUGGCUGAUAGGGGCCGGCCCCAGCCUCGCCCUGGCCCCGGAGCUGCUGCUGGACCCCUGGCAGGGUGAGGGCCAGCCACGUGCCCCUGGGAGGAGGCCAGAGAGCGGUUAGCGGGAGCAGCGUGCUUCCCGCAGGGGUGGAACUCAGUGCCUUGGGGAUUGGGGAAGGUUGGGCUCGGACAGGCGUGUGCCCAGCUCACCCACGUCCACAAUAGGGAGAGGGGGCAGAGGGCCUCAGCAGGAGCAGGGACGCAUGGGAAUCCACGGCCAGGAGCCCUUUUCUCGACAUAAGUACCGUUUCCAGCUAAGCAGGACGGGAGGAGGGCUCACGGGGCGGCCUCGGCCCAGUGCCUGUUUCCCAGUCGCAGCUGCUCCAGUUUACACUGGAGGCGCCCAGAUGGUGCUCAGAGAGGUUAAGCUGUUUGUCCAAGGCCACACAGCCUGGACCAAGGCAGGCAGUGUCGUCAGGACGCAUUCUGUCAGUGGGGUGAGAAGGACCCACGUGUGCCUGGGACAGGAGUACCCGGUACCUGGCUGCUGGUGCGAAAGCCAAGAUCUGACUAGUGGGUGUGGCCUGUUCCGCCUAGCGCAGCCAGGGAGAGCUGCAGGGUUUGGAAGCCCUUGGUCCCCUCCAUCCGUGGUGAAGUGCAGGCUGGGAGCACCCUGGCUCCUGGUGAGGGGAGGCUGGCUCAGCGGGUGGCCCUGGUGGAGAGUGACCUCUGACCUAGCACACUGGGGACAACCCGAGAGGUCGGGGCCGCUUACCUGGCACAUAAGCCCCUUCUCUCUCCCAGCGCAUCGGCUCCUGACCCAUGCCCUGGGCCACACGGCCCUGCCGGGCCUGCUUCUGAGCCUGCUGCUCCUGCCCACUCUGGGCUGGUGGCAGGAGUGCCACCUGGGCACGCUGCGGUUCCUGCAUGCCUCUGUCCUGCUCUCCCUGGCCGCCGGGCUGCUGGCCGUGCUGCUGGCGGGCCUGGGGGUAUCGAACGCUGCUGGCGGCUGCGGGUACAUGCCCGUCCACCUGGCCAUGCUGGCCGGCCAGGGGCACUGCCCUAGGCAGCCCCAGGGGGCACUGCCGCCGUGGCUGCUGCCGUGGCUGCUCCUCGCCCUGACCCCGCUGCUCAGCUCCGAGCCACCCUUCCUGCAGCUCCUUUGCGGCCUCCUUGCCGGCCUGGCCUACGCCGCCGGGGCCUUCCAGUGGUUGGAGCUGUCGGAGCACCGGCUGCAGGCCCUGCAGGAGGGCACCCUAUGCAAGACGCUGGCCGGGUGCUGGCCUCUGAGGCUCCUCCCCACGCCGGGCAGCCUGGCUGAGCUGCCUGUCACCCACCCGGCUGGAGUGAGGACUGCCAUCCCUGGGCCUCCUUACGUGGUCUCCCCUAGUCCCUGGUCCCGCAGCGACAACCCAGCCUUCCCGCCAGGCCUGGGGGCUCGGCAGCUGAGCUGGGAGAGCGUGGACUGGGCCAGGCCCGGCUUCUCCGCAGAGCCCUCCGUGUGGGCGACGCUAGAUGAGCAGCUGCUGCAGGAGGGGAUCCAGGCCUCGCUCCUGGAUGCCCCGGCCCAGGAGCCGCAGAGUGUGUUCCGGCUGCCCAAGUCCUCUGUGUCCUCUCUACGGCUGCAGCAGCUGGAGCGCAUGGGCUUCCCCACAGAACAGGCCGUGGUGGCGCUGGCAGCCACAGGCCGCGUGGAGGGCGCCGUGUCACUGCUGGUCGGAGGGCAGGUGGACACCGAGGUCCUGGUGACCGAGGGGAGGGCAGGCUCUGCCCACCCCAAGGGCCCUGGGCCCCCCUAGCUGCAGCGGAGAGUGGGGCCACAGAGAAUCACCUGGGUGAUGAAGCCGGGCCCUGCUGUCCAUGGAGCGCCGCAGCACGCCGCCCUGGUUGUGGCUCUCAUUUAGAAUAAAAACCAGUCUGGUUCGGCCUGGACCUCC